AUGGGCGCCUCAGAGAGCAAGCUCGCUUUCAAACAAAGUAUAUUUCAACUCUCUGGCCACGACGAGAUCCAUCCCGAAGAUGCACUGUGGUCCCAGUUCUAUACCCUGCCUGAAUGCGCCGACGAUGUCUUCUCGCUCUGGUCCCCGAACGAUCUAGGCAACCUGACACUCAGCCAUGGUGACAGCCGGCCACAAGGCGACGCACAGGUGGAACCUAGGAAGAACCUCGAGACGCUCAUAUACACUAUUGUCGCGCGACUGCGGUUACUGCAGACCACCAUCGUCCAUCCCGGCGCGCCCGUGAACACGAGCACGGAGAUUGCCAAUUGUAUGCGUAUCUUGACACGACUAUUCCCGUUCAUAUACGAAGCACAACACCUCAAGGAAUGGCAAGACCGCUUCUUUUGGCAGCCGCGAAAGCCGACGUAUUUCUGGGACAAGAAGAAGGAUCGGCCAGGUCGAUUGUUCGAUGGUCUGGAGCCGGAGAAAGAGUAUGGAAUGGAAGACUUUGAUACCGAGAUCGGGCCUCCACUGGGAGAAACACUGUUGGAUCUCGUCGUGAAGUACAUGUUCUUUGCAGGCUACUGCAUACCACAACGGCUGGACGAGAAGGGAGCACCGGAUCUGGAGAUCUCUAUUAGAGUAUGGCAGACCGGUAUUGGUAGCAACAAGAGCCUGAAUUGUUCCAAGGAGAAUGAGAAAUUUCAGCAGGAGACUGUGCGGCUUCUACUGGCAAUCAUGAGCAAGACCAUGUAUAUGCAGCCCAAUGAGGUAGCUACUGCCGACGUCAAAGCACUCACAUACAUGACAACCAAGUUGGAGAAGAGAGUCGUCAACGGCAUCCUUUGCUCGCUAUUGAACACCGUACUGAAAUACAACCCAAACUUGUGGAGCAUGCCGCUGGACAUAGCCACAGGAGCUGGUGAUUCGAAGAAGCUUCUGGUCACAAACUGUCUCCAGCUCGUCCUUGUGCUCGCCAUCUAUGGACCUCCGAUCGGGGUCUCUCCCUUGAAGAACCAGUUCCGACAGUCGAUGAGCAGCCUGUACCGCCCAGACGACUUCCAAUUCAUCCAGACAGGAAUGAGUACCGUCCUUGCGCAACCCGUCUCAUCAAUAGGGAACUUCACAUACAACCUUGGCAAGGACAAAGCCCUGCCUUGGGCGCCUGAAAUGAUCAGUCUCCUUUGGGAGCUCCUGCAAUGCAAUCGACGAUUCCGUCGGUAUCUGGUGGAGACCGGCUGCGCUCUCGACUACGUCGUCUUGAUUCUCUACUAUGCACUGGACUCCAAAGACGACCCUUCGAAGCAUGGUAUCCUGCGAAUGUGCGUCUUCGUAUUGCAAACACUCAGCGCAGAAGGGCUCUUCGCAGAGAAGUUGAAUACGGCGUUCAGAUAUCCAGAGACUCUGCCUGCCAUUCUGAGACUGCCCAAUUUCCAUGGAUCAUACGCGGACUUUUUGAUUUGUUCGAUCCACACCAUUUUCACCACCACAAAAGGCCGCCUUGAGUCCGUGUACCCUGCACUCUUGAUCAUCAUCAAGAACAUUGCACCACACCAAAAGAACCUCGCAAGAGCAACGAGCUCCAAACUGAUGAGCUUAUUUGAGAUGCUCGCCUCGCCAGCAUUUCUGCUCGCAAACGACUCCAACAACGCGUUGCUGAUCAGCUUACUCGAGGCUUGUAAUUUGAUCCUGGAGAACCACUACGAAGAGAAUCCACGAUUUGUGGAGGUCAUAAUUGGCAGUCGGAAACGUUUCAGAGCAUUGCAGGUCUUCACGAUCGACGGCGCGCUGGCCGAAUUGGACCGACAAGGACAGGAACGGAAAGAUCACGGGAGUGGGAUGCGAAGUCCAUCACAGACGACUUCCUUCGACAGCGCGCGUGACGUCUCAUCUCUCAGGUUUUCGACCCUUAGCAACGUGCCCGAGGACACGGAUAGAUUCGCCAUAGGUGAUGAUGACGAUGAUGAAGCAGAUCCGUCGUCACCAUCAUCCUCCCGCGCAGGACGAACAUCGGAUUCACCCACACGAAUCAGUGAGAAAGCUCGAGGGAAGAAGCCCGCCGUAUCUCUGGGAACCACCUCGCGCAACGCAUCUGCUUCGAGUCUGCCGUCGUUGUCCUACGCACCGAAUACUUCUAACACUUUCCGGCCAUCUCCAGAAUGGCUCGAAGCUUGGACAUCGCGGCUUCCGCUCGAGCCCAUCUUGAAGACAAUCGAGCAUGCCGAGAACAAGCAGAAGAAUAAGAGCAGCAAUACAAGUGGCAAAGAAAGGGCCCUUGACGCGACACUGUUCAGUAAACCUGCCACUGAUGGCAGCGGUGAGCAGACAGGAGACGAAAAGCCAAAGACUGCACACGGCGCCAGUUUCCAAUGGACGGCGUUCGCAAUCGGGUGGUACAAUGCCCUCAUCUGGAGUCGAAUCUAUCUUCAAGAAGUAGAGGCCUUUCAGGGCUCCGGUGGGCUGUACAGCAGUACGAAUGUUGUGCUGUUCAAGAGGAGCACAGGUAGCCAGGAGAUCUCGCUCCGAAGCCCGAAGGGCGCGAUCGAUGCGGUCGGCAAUUCACUGGCGCAGCGGAUCAGCAGUAUUAGUAUGAAGUGAGGCGGCGGAGGAAUGCCGUCGUAAGCCUCGUGGGAGGGCACAUCAGGGCACAUCUGAGUACCAUGCCCUAUGGCCUUAAUCUAAUGCGGAGAGGACGGAGAGUCAGCCGACUACAUCUAUGCUUGCAAUUCGCAUUUGCAACAGUCUGUAGCCUCAACAUCACCUAAAUCCAGACUCCUGUUGC